AUGUACAAGUUUUUGACACCGCAAACUAGGAGUGUAGUUAGGGAUCAUUUACUUUACAAACCUUUCCCUAAAAACUAUGUCAUAUGGACUCUUCAUGGUGAGAAAAGAGUUCCAGAGUCUUCUAGAAAUGAAGACUUUGUGCAAGAAGCAUCUCAUUCAGAAAAUCUGAUUGAAACAAUGGUCAAUGAUGCGUUUGGUAACUAUAGGCAAGAUGCAGCUAAUUUAGAUGAAUCAGACCCGAUAGACACAGGGGAAGGGACAAGCGAUAAUGGUAGUGGUUUUCGUGAGUUUCUCAAUGAUGGGAGUCAAAUAUUGCAAGAAGGAAGCAAGUACACAAAACUUGAAUUCUUAAUCAAAUUAUAUCAUAUAAAGGUCUUGUGUGGAUUAAGUGACAAAGCAAUGACUAUGAUAUUAGAUUUGUUGAGAGAUGCAUUUGAACAAGCAAAGUUACCUCAUUCACUUUACGAGGCAAAGAAAACCAUCAAAAAGCUUGGUCUUGAUUAUACCAAGAUAGAUGCAUGUCCAAAUGACUGCAUGUUAUAUUUGAGAGACGACGAAAAAGAAUUGCAAGCAUGCAAGUAUUGUGGAACAUCUCGGUGGAAUCCCAUGAAGAAGAAGAAGCAAGCUGCAAAGGUACUACGUUACUUUCCACUAAAACCAAGAUUGCAAAGAUUGUUUAUGUGCUCUAAGACCGCAGAACAUAUGAAAUGGCAUGCUUCAGACACUAACAAGGAUGGGCUAAUAAGGCAUCCAAGGGAUGGUGAGGCAUGGAAGACAUUUAAUUUGAAGCAUCCUGAAUUUGCCUCUGAUCAUCGAAAUGUUCGUUUGGGCCUUGCUAGUGAUGGUUUUAACCCUUUUGGGACCAUGAGUUCGAGGUAUAGCAUAUGGCCAGUGUUCUUGAUUCCAUAUAAUAUCCCUCCUUGGAUGUGUAUGAAACACACUUCAUUCAUCUUAUCAAUGAUCAUUCCCGGAGAGAAGGCACCCGGAAAUCAUAUUGAUGUUUACUUACAACCCCUUGUGAAUGAAUUAAAGGAGCUAUGGAAUGAUGGUGUGGAAACAUUUGAUGCAUCGAUGAAUGAAAGAUUUAGAAUGCGGGCGGCUCUUAUAUGGACAAUUAGUGACUUUCCCGGUCUAGCUAAUUUGUCUGGUUGGAACACGCAUACAGGUUUUGCUUGCCCAACUUGUAAUAUAGAUACAGAGCCUCGUCGUCUCCAUAAGAGUAAAAAGUGGUGUUUUAUGGGUCACCGGCGUUUUUUGAGCAGAAAUCGUAGAUUUAGAUUGAACCGUGUUCGCUUUGACGGAAGCAUAGAGGAACGAAAUCCACCAUUAAAAAGAUCUGGAUCUGACAUUUUAAGCCAAUUGGAAGAUGAUGGUGCUACAUUUGUGAGAAGAGAAACAUUGGAUGUUAGGGGUAAGAGAAAGAAACAAGAACCUAAGAAAUGGAAUAAAAGAAGUAUAUUCUUUGAAUUACCAUAUUGGGAGUAUAAUUUGUUGCGUCAUAAUCUAGAUUUUAUGCAUAUUGAAAAGAAUGUAUGUGACAAUGUCUUGUAUACUUUGCUCCAUGAUAAGUCUAAAUCAAAAGACAAUCUCAAUGCUCGAAAAGAUUUGAUAGAUAUGGAUAUAAGACAUGAUCUUUGGCCUGAUGAAAAGGGGAGAUAUCGCCUUGCUGUGUUUUCACUAACACGUGAUACUAAAAGGUUGUUUCUCAACACAUUAAAAAAUGUUAGAGUUCCAGAUGGUUACUCAAGUAACAUUUCUAGAUGUGUUGAUGAGGUACAACAAAAGAUAUUUGGUUUGAAAAGUCAUGACUGUCAUGUUAUAAUGGAACAACUUCUACCUUUAGCCAUUCGCAAUUUAUUGCCAAACCAUGUUACAAAAGUGUUGGUGGAGUUUUGUUCAUUUUUUAGAGUUCUUUGUGGGAAAAGUUUGAAUCUUUCCGACCUUGAAAAACUACAAGAUCGCGUUGUUAUUACACUUUGUCACUUGGAAAUGUUAUUCCCGCCAUCAUUCUUCACAGUUAUGGUUCAUUUAACAGUCCAUCUAACAGAGGAGGCGAAACUUGGAGGUCCGGUGCAUUAUCGAUACAUGUAUCCCAUAGAGAGGGAAUUAGGUCAUUUUAAAUCAUUUGUACGUAACAAGGCUCAGCCAGAAGGUUCUAUAGCCGAGGGUUACUUAGCAGAAGAGUCUCUCACUUUUUGUUCGCGGUACAUUGAAGAUAUCGAGACACGAUUCAAUAGACCUAGACGUGUUUGUGAUGACUUAAAUGAGGACGAGUCUUCCUCUGCAUCCUCCAUCUUCCCUCGACUUGGUAAACCAGUAGGAGCUUCCUCAAUGUUCACAUUAACUCAAAUGCAAAAACUACAAGUCCAUCGAUAUGUUCUAUUAAAUUGUGCAGCAGUCACACCAUUUGUUGAUGAAUUUAGAGAAUUCAUAAAGCGAAGUUCAAGGUCAAGAAGACCUUCAGCUACAGAGAUUGAAAAAAGAGUAAAUAAAGAGUUUGUUGGUUGGUUUCAAAGAUUGAUUUUGAAACCAGAAAUAGUCACUACAAUGUCGGCUGAUCUACAAUUUUUAGCGCGUGGUCCUUUGGACAAAGCAAGGAGAUUUACUGCUUACAACAUUAAUGGGUUCAAAUUUCGAACUUUAGCUCGAGAGGAAGGAUUGAAAACACAAAAUAGUGGUGUUUUUUUUAACAUCCAACACAUCUUGUGUUUCAAGUAGUGUUGAUAGGAACGUUAGACAAGCAGAGUUGCCUUACUAUGGGAAGUUGGAAGAUAUCUUUGAGAUUAACUACUAUGGUCAUUUCAAGGUUAUUCUGUUCAAAUGCAAGUGGGCUGAUACUACACGAGACAGAGGGUUUAAAAAGGAUUGUUGGAAUUUUAACUGUGUAAAUUUUGAUAGAUUGAUUCAUAAUGGGGAUCGUGAAGAACAUGAUCCCUACAUUUUGGCAUCUCAAGCACAAAUGGUGUAUUAUGUAGAUGAUGCGGUUAAUAAAGGAUGGAAUGUUGCUGUGCAUUUAAAGCCAAGAGAUUUGUAUGAAAUGGGGGAAGAAUUAGAAGAGGAAGUUUAUGAAAAUGUCCCAUAUCAAGAGCAAGAACUUGAGAAUUUUAAUAACAUUGAUGAAGAGUAUGUAGAAUUGGCUACCAACCAUAUGGUUGGUGACUUUGAAACAAAUGUGCACAUGUCUGAGUAGAUUAGUAUAUUUUAUUUUGUUAUUUAGUUAAAGUCAUGGGAAAGAGAAAGCGUUUCCCAAAUCCAUUAAGAUCAACCCCUCAAACUCAAGGUCCAACACCAGAAGCUCCGCAUCAAGCUGCACAUCAAGGUCCAACACCGGUAGCUCCACCUCAAGGACCAACACCAGUAGCUCCGCAUCAAGCUGCACAUCAAGGUUCAACACCGGUAGCUCCACCUCAAGGACUAACACCUCUGCAUCAAGCUGCACAUCAAGGUCCAACACCGGUAGCUCCACCUCAAGGAUCAACCCCAGUAGCUCCGCAUCAAGCUACACAUCCAGGACCAACACUGGUAGCUCUGCAUCAAGCUGCACCUCAAGGUCCAACACCUAGGCAAUAUGUUGGGCGCGAAUCUGCAGAAUGGUGGACGGUUGAAGCAAUAGCCUCGAUUUAAAUUUAUGACUACUGAAGCUCUUGCAAAGAGAUAUUGCAAGCUUAGCAUUUCAAAGAAGUGGGCUACACAUAGACAAAAUUUGUGGGUUACCUUCUAUGAUCCAUCAAAAUCCCGAGAUGAAAUCAUAAGUAAUGUUCCUAAAGGUAUAGACCCAAUUCAAUGGGCUCAUUUUGUUAACUACCGUUU